CACGAGUUGCCAAGGAAAAUUGCGCACCUCCGAAACAGGGUCAGGUGACACAAAGCUCAAUGUGAUUGAUGAAUUCUGUUAUUGUUAAAUAGUAUAUCCCGUAGCAUAUUCAAGCAGGCCGAGAUUGUGAAUGACUCUCUAAACUAGGUUGUCAGUAUCAGCGAGCAAUAUCAAGACGUGAGGAGCAACUUAGUUGCCGCAUUUAUUGCAGUAGCAAUUACUUUGUCGUGAGAGUUGGAUUACCCAUUCAGAUUGAAGAAGUGGAGAUCAAACAUUCGCCUGUUCAAGCGUGCAAUACCGAAGAACGCAAACAACAGAAUUUCAAGACGAAUCGCCAGGAAGAUCGUACGAAUAUGUGCAGAAAAGCAAUGUUUUGCCAGUUAGCAGUGGUUUUUGUCUUUCUCUCUGUACAUAAUGUGACGUCGCAGAAGUCUACUAGUGCAGCUGAAGAUUCAAGGACGCCUAUGUGCAGAGGGGCAUUUGAUAUUUAUUUCGUUCUAGACAGAUCAUCAAGCGUCAGCAGGAAGAAUUUCCAAGUUCAAACCGUCAACUUCGUCCACAACAUCACAGGUUUCUUCAUCAGCCCAAAGAUGAUGAUAUCCUUGAUUUCUUUUGCAACAACAGCAACCACCGAUCUGGAGUUAACGGAAGACAGGCAACUCAUAACCAAUGGUUUGAUCAACUUGCGGAGGAGAAUCCCCGAAGGAAAUACUUAUUUGCAUUUGGGACUUCGAAAGGCUAUUGAACAGAUCCAGAAACAAGAUCGAUCAUCAGCCAGUGUUAUCAUUGUUUUGACUGAUGGUGAAAUCGCUCAGUAUCGUGACAAAGCUAUCCAGUCGGCAGUACAUGCAAGACAACUUGGUGCUACAAUCUACGCUGUAGGAGUUGACGAUUAUAAGAAAGAAGAUCUUGAGGCAAUUGCAAAUAGGCCCGCAAAGGAUUACAUUUUCACUGCUGGUGGCUACGAUUCACUGAAAAAUCUCGUUACUUCAAUUGUGGAUAAGACAUGCAUUGAGAUAUUAGCUGCUGAGCCUACGCAUAUUUGUGCUGGAGAGAAAUUCAAAGUGUCCCUUACUGGUUAUGGAUUCACGAAAACCAACAAUAUUAGCAACGUCUUUUGCAGAUUUCAGCAAAAUGAAACACAUUAUCAAGUCACCAAGCCAUCGAAAGUCACCUCGACUCAUCUUAUGUGCCCUUCUCCAGCCAUUGAUGAGCCUCACAGUUCUGUUGUCCUCCAAGUCUCAGUCAACGGGAAAACUUUCGUUUCAAGCAAUGUGACUGUUACUGCUGUCAACUGCCAGAAAACGAAGUCUUCGAAAACAGAAAAAAGUUACGGAAAAGCCCUGCUGAUUCUCUUUCUGGUUCUGCUCUUUCUAUCCUUGGUCUUAAUUUGGUGGUUUUGGAAGCUGUUGCCUUGUGUGAAGCCUGACCCGAGUCCCCCGUUCAUUGACACAGACGAUUCUGAGGCGAAAAAGAAGAAAUGGCCUACUGUUGAUGCUUCGUUUUAUGGUGGAGGUGGAGUCGGGGGCAUGAAGCCUGUCAGGGUCAACUGGGGUGACAAAGGAGCCACAGAAGCUGGAAACAAGCUGGCAAAACCCGAGGAUGCCAAAAUUAUCGUUGAUUCGACAUCAGAAUGCGGGGAUAUGGGAGAUGCAAAGCCGAACUGUUCCACAAUAGCGAAAAUCCAGCUUCUUGCUCUAUGUGGUUUCUUCAAGGGGCUUUACAGCAGAUUUGCUGCCCGAAGACCAAUCAAGGGAGGCCUAAACAAGCUGUACACAUCCAAGUCAGAAAACUAUGAGCGUGCUAGGAGUGCACUCAGCUCAAUCUCCAGCCAAACCGCCUAGAAAGCAUCUUUCAACUCGACCUGAUGUGUGCGAGCUGCUGCUUUUCGUGUUUAAGACAUAGAGAAGGCUUUAGAUCAAACGGAAGAGAUAGAAAAGAACACGCAGAAGUGACAGACAGUUGUGAUGCCCGCUAGUUAGUCUUUGAAAGGGCUGCUUGAUGAGCUUUAGACUAAAAUUUCACUUCUUAUCAGAGUGAAAGUUUCAUUUAAACCGUUUGCUAGAGAUUAAGCGAUUUUUGUAUGUUCUAGGGUUACAAAUUUCCCCAAUUUAUUCUCCCUACCGAAUGUUCCCCCGCCCCUUUGUACACUGAUUAUGCUGAAAACUUUUAACACUUAUCAUAUAUUUGCAGUAUUUUACUAUUUGAUAGCUAUCUGAAGGCUUUUGUGAACAUUUCCUCAACUUUUCUGAUCGUCCCUCUCACUCCCAUUUAUGGAUCUUUGUCACCCCUUAUAUACAUUGCUCAAGCUUUAGGCUCCAACGAAUAGAGCAGGGUACUGAAUUCUGGGUCUCGUUUUUAUGGUCCAUAUCGCAAAAAUCGCACACCCUAACACAAUGCAACAAAAUAUUUUCCUGCCUCCAAAGAAAAAGACAGUCUUUCUGCUCCAAGACAUUGUCAAUGACAUUUUGCUUUAACAUUAAGUGCUUGUUGCUUUAGUCCAAAAGGGGAAUGAUCCACACACACUGUCCUAUAAAUCAUUUAGUACAACGACAACAAUAUCAAACUUAGAAGUUAAAAAAGUCUUUUUGUUGAAGGGAAAAUUCCAGUCUUUGGUAAAAAAGGAUCUACCCGAGUUCACUUAGUUACAACUUUCCCUUGUCAAUCACUGCUUAAUUAAGUUCUUUAUUAAGACUUAAAAUAUUAUAAUAUCUGAUGUACCCGUAAAUCUUAAAGUACCUUGAUAACUAGGAUGUAUUUGAAGAACAUGCUUUGUAGAAGCACUUAUUUGUUUUGAAUACGUAAAAUAUUCAAAGUAACGUUGUAAAUUAAAGUAGAUAAUUUUUUGUCAAAGAUGUAACCUGUAAGAUUUUCGCAUUUUUAGAAUGUGUAAAAAUUUUAUUAAUUUAUUAGGCUUUCACUUUGUAUAUUGUUGUCAGUUUCUGAAUAUUUUUUUGCGUUUUAUCAUUACGUUUGUGUUUU